CGCGCGCGAUGGACGACACCUUUGGCGACGAUGGCUCCGGGAGCGAGGAUGACGAGAAGGAGUCCGAGGCGCCCUCCUUCUACGAGAAGGACUGCAUUCUCUUUGUGAUCGACGCACGGCAAGCCAUGCUCGCCGAGCCGGCGCCGGGCGAGCCACCGCCGCUGACGCAAGCGCUGCGCGCGGUGGCGGCGACGAUGCGCAAGCGAGUCUUGGCGGGCGACGGCGACCAGGUCGGCGUGAUGCUCUUUGGCACGCGCGAAAAGUCGGCGCCCGAGGGGCUCCAGUCCUUCGACCACACGUUCGUCCUGCUUCCGAUGGCGGAGCCGCACGCGGCGGUCAUCGAGAAGAUGCAGAACGUCGCGGCGGGGGACCUCUCCGAGUUUGGGCACAUGGAGGAGGGCGGCGAACCCCUCGUGAUCGAGUCUGUCCUGUGGCAGAUCUCGAUGCUGUUUGCGCACGCCAAGCCAAAGCCGGGCGCGCGCAAGCGCGUCUUCUUCCUCACGAACGACGACGCUCCGUGCGAGGGCGGCGACGCGCAGAAGAGGGCGGCGCAGCGCGCGGCGGACCUCGGCGACGCGCGCAUCUGGCUCGAGCCCCUCUUCUUCGCUCCUCCGGGCCGGGCCUUCAACCUCGGCGAGGGCUCCUUCUGGCGGGAGGCGCUCGCCCGAUCGCGCGAGAAGGCGUCGCAGCACAAGGACUCCGCCGGCGCGGCGCCGGUGGACGGCGACAGCGUUGCCGAGGCUGCAGGCACGAGCGUCGGCCUACCCUACGUCCAGAGUAUCGAACCCAGCGUGGGUUCAGUCCCGUGGGUGGUGCGGCACGAGCGUCGGCCUACCCUACCUCCAGAGUAUCGAACCCAGCGUGGGUUCAGUCCCGUGGGUGGCACGAGCGUCGGCCGCGACGAGCUGAUGAAGGCUCUCGACUUUGGAGGCUCGCAGCAGGUCUUCGCUGGGAGGCUGCCACAGAAGCUCCUUUGCUCGCAGCAGGUCUUCGAGCCCUUCGAGGUCGCCUCGGGGAAGGUGGCCGAGUCGCUCUACGGCAAGGACGAGCCGCCGCUCAUCCUGCUCGGCUUCCGGCCCACUGAGGCGCUCAAGCCACACCUCAACGUCAAGCCCGCGACCUUCCUCGAGCCUUCCGAGACGGCCGCCGGCUCGACGGUCGCUGCGCGGGCGCUGGUCGAGUCGAUGGCGGCCAAGGGGAGGAUCGCCCUCGCGCGCUUCCGGCGGCAGGGCGCGGCGCAGCUGGUCGCGCUGCUGCCGCAGAGGCGCGAGCCGGACCCGAGAGACCCGGCGGUGACGAAACUUCCGUGCGGCUUCCACCUCGCCGUGGGCAGCGGCGGUGGCGGCGGCGAGCGGGCGCCGAAGCGGCUCAAGGCGUCUGUGCCAACGAGUGCCGCAGAGUGGUCGCAGAUGCAGGCAGGACCUCAACGCGCCGCCACCACUCGCCCUCACGGGGCCCGCCGACGGCGGCGAGCCCGGCGACGGCGCGGUUGGCGCCGAUGCGGAGCGGCGCGAGGAUACCGACGGCCAGCUCUACACCUUCGCCGAGUUCGUCGAGUUUUACGGCGAGGGUAAGCCGAGCGAGAAGGCGUGGGCGAAGGCAAAGCCGCAGUGAGCUGUCGGGGAGGCUCCCCGCACCCCUCUUGUUCCUCGGCCGUUGGGACGUCCUUCCGGGUGUGUGCUACGUGAUGCGGCUGCGGGGCUUGUGAGCCGUACGGUACGGGCGCGCGAGCAGACUUGCAGCCCUGUGAGAGCCAAUGUCGUGUACGACGUACAUAUAUGCGUACUUUUCCUUU